CUCAAAAACAUACUUUAAACAGAUCAGCCUUUCCUUUCACUACAACAACAACAACGAGACCAACACAACCAAGCAUGAAGACUCUCCGCGGAAAGCGCAAAGCUCCUUCAACUCCCGAGUCGAGCUCAAUACCUCAGGCGAAACGUUCUCGAAAACCUCCCGCUACAGCCGCCACCAGCACGUCCGUUUCCGGAAGCUCUAGCUCUCGUAGACCUCGAAAGCGAGACUUGGCAGAACUCCCAUACCACGUUCUGCUGGAGAUAUUCCUGUAUGCUGCCCAACGGGGCUCGACUAGCAACAGUGGGUAUCUCCUGAAGCUGGCAACAAUGUGCAAGGGCUUCUACGAACCCGCAAUCACCGCGCUGUACCGCAUGCCGCUCACGGAACCACCAAUACGCGCGCACCAACUGCAGCAAGCCCUGCAGAGGCGGCCAGAGUUGGGACGGAAGGUCAAAUACUUGUAUUUGGAAGUGGACCCACUGCUGCGAUUGAUGACACCUGGAUACGGUCACUUCGAUUUAGCAGAGCUCGUGAGUAAAUGCACAGGCCUCCGGGAACUUUGGUUGGCACAUUACUUGGACCGUCCUCCGUAUCGAUACAACGACAUCAGACUUCCAACAUUCAAGUACCCUGAUGCACUAUUCGAUGUACUACAAGGCGCGCCGGGUACGCCGAAGGAAGACGCAAUAGUGGAAGGUGGAGGGAAUGCUCUGCAGAAGGUGGCGCCCAUACGGUUAUCGAGUUGGCGGUGGAAUGGCCUUUUUCUAGCCGGUUGGACCGUACAAUCCGUCACCCGAAUUCACCUGCUGCCGUCUUUCCAGACCCUGAAGCGGUUGUCUGUCAUCUACAUGUGGGACCCUGGAUUUGACUUUGUUUCGGCGUUGGGCGUGCUACCGGCGGUCGAGGAGAUCGAGCUCGAAUGCUGUGAUUUUACACCACAGGCCUUGUCGCAGCUACCCAUCCAGAUGUCGAACUUUCGGUUGAAAUCGCUGAGCUUCAUCAACUGUCGAACCCUCGAAUCCGAUGCUCUCAUGCCUCUCCUGCUCUCUCCGAUAUGUGCUGGCCUUGAGUCGCUCACGAUCGUUCACUGUCGCAUGUGCAACCUCGCAUUUCUGCCUACCCUCUCCAACACUCCUCGAUUGCGACAGCUCAGCUAUGACUGCCGGUACUUUGCCUCUGGAAAUGGCGACGAUGCGAAGCCUGGUUACGACAGUCUUCUGCCGAUCUCCACAGAGGCCGUGUGGCCCGACUCUCUAUGCUCCUUGAAAUUGCUGAACCUGCGUAAGUGGAAUGCCGACGAAGUCGAAGCCUUCCUCGAUGGCCUUCUAGCGGCGGCGCCGAAUCUGCCCCGGAUGCGAGAGUUUUCGCUGCACUGCAUCCUCGACGACCUCGGAUGGAGAGAACGUGCCAACGUGCGCGACAAAUACGAGCCUCAGCUUAUCCGCGCGUUCGUCCGGCCCUCGUCCCAACCACAGCCAAUCUUCCGGCUCGCGUCUCCAUCACCCCCGAAGGAGUCUUCCGACGUGGAUUCCAAGCUGCGAAGAAGCAAACGCGUACGUGGUGCCGGUACCGCCCAGUCUCCGAAGACCACCCCGCAGAAAGAUGCAGAAAAGGCGGGAGAAGAUGCAGACCAGAAGCUCCAUGGGUUCUGCGAACCGGAUCGUGUCGACAUUAAGAUGGACAAUGCCCGCCCGACGGAGACGCAAUUCGACGAGGGCGACUUUCUCGAAGGCCGCGCGGUUGCGUGGCCGCGGCCUCGCACCGCUGGGGCGAGGAGUGGACGUGGUAGAGGUGGAGGUCGAGGAAGGGGACAACGGCACGGUUCGGGGCGCAGGGGGAAUGCGGCCGGGUCGUCUGCUUCUAGAGCGGCGGCAAGGAAUGAAGGAGUGAAUGAUUCAUCGGAUGAGGAUUACGUUGAAUGAGGACAAGGGGGGGAUUCUCUAUGGGAGCGGAUAUGGCUAUUGGAUGGAUAUAUCUUAGCGGGGACUUUUUUUUUUCUUCAUCUUUUCUUUUCUCGGUAAUCGGUGCUAUUGUCACCUAGACAAGUACUUGAAUAUGAGAAGUACUUUAUGAUGUAGAUGUUUUAUCUUCCUGUUUGCCUUUCCUUUCUCCACAUAUCGGUUGGAAAUCUACGGACCGGUGGUGUUUUUCUCUUCAUUUUUUCGGGAAUAUUUUUUAUUGCUGCUGUGGAUUGGCCGGACGUACAAUACAUGCGGAAUUGUCGGUGGAUGUACCUACCAUACCCGUACCUAGAAUGGACUUCUUGUAUGUAGCAUAACUUGAAAUGGGCAUCUCUCUGCC